AUGGAGACGCCUGCAGAAGAUCAAGCACCCGUUGUACAUCUAUCACGGCAAGAAAUGGACACUCCCAUGACUGAUCGGGAGGGAACCGUGCAACUGACACGACGGGAAUUACAACAAAUGAUGGAAGAAGCAGGGAGGAAGGCCUUGGUAGCCUAUGAGAGAAGAACGGCAACUCCUUUAGAAAAGGAAAUAGCGGGAAAGAGGCUGUUUCAGGAAAGAGUCGAGGUGCAAGACAAUGAAGGAAUGAGUAGACCGGGGGCGAAUAGGAGGGGCCCGCAGCCCUCUGAUGUGGGAUCCAGUAGCAGGGCUUUAAGUCGUCCCAGGGGACCAGCCAUAUCUCGAGCUGAGGUGGAUAAUGUUAGUAAGCAAAUAGCCCAGUUAGGAAAGCAAAUAGACGAACUCAAGAAGAGAGGAGAAAUAGUAGCCCACAAUCGUAAUUCACCAUUUGCUAACCGUAUACUUACAGAGCUGGUCAACCCGAGCUUCAGGAUGCCCGACCUCCCGAAGUAUGAUGGAACUCGGGACCCACAAGAGCAUCUGGCUGCUUUCGAUAUGGUAAUGAAUUUAUAUGGACAGUCGAGCUCUAUUAUCGCCAAGUUGUUUGUUACCACGCUAACAGGAAAGGCCCAAGAAUGGUUUACGAACUUGCCCCCAGGCAGCAUAGAUUCGUAUGAGCAACUAGCACAAAAGUUUGCAUUCCACUUUGCGAGCAAGAGAAAACAGAAGAGAUCAGCCACACAUUUAUUUACCAUUCGACAAGGGGAAAAGGAAAGUCUGAAAAAUUUUAUGGGACGUUUCAAUAAUGAAACGUUGGAGGUGCAGGAUCUUAGGAUAGACAUGAUGACCAGUAUCCUAAUCCAUGGAUUGAAGAAAGGAGUUUUUGCAUCGGCUCUAGCACGGGACCCGCCAAUAGAUGCAGAGCAGUUGAUGGCAAUAACGCAAAAGUACAUUGAUGAAGAGGAGAUGAAUGCAAUGAAGGAUGAGGAGUGGAGAGUUACAUCAGAACGAGCAAGAGAUGGGAGAUUCACCAGAGAUCGGGAUGCGCGACCAAAAAAGGAGAAAGAAAGGGAACCUCCUUAUCAGCCGAAAUAUAGCAGGUAUACCCCUUUAAAUAUGACUAGGGCUAAAGCCCUCAUGCUGGUGGAAAAAGAUAAUGUUUUGAUGUGGCCGAGGCAUACGAGGAUUACUCCAGCCAAAAGACAUUCGAACAAGUAUUGCCGGUUUCAUCGAGAAAGAGGGCAUGAUACGGAGGAAUGCUAUCAAUUGAAAGAUGAGAUAGAGCGACUAGUGCGACAAGGAUCGAGUAGUAGGGACCGCAGGUCAAAUUGGGCAGAGGAGCGAAGGACUCAGACAGUGGCGGAGAACGCGCCUGUGAAAGGCAUUAUCCACACUAUUGCAGGAGGAUCAGAGGGAUGGUCGAGAAGAGCUAGAAGGAGAUUCGAGAGAGAGACUAGGUGGGAGCGACGUAAGCAAGGAGUGCAUAUAACGAGCACCCAUGAGAUCGUAUUUGGAGAUCAAGAUGCAGGAACCAGGGUCGUGACAGAUAACGAUCCCAUGGUGAUACGAAUGGACAUAGCAAACUUUACAGUCCAUAAGGUUUUGAUAGACAACGGGAGUUCAGCAGACAUAAUAUUUAAGGAUGUAUUGAAUAAGAUGAGACUUGAUAAUAUAAGGCUGGAGCCAGUAACUAUUCCCCUGGUAGGGUUCGGAGGAAGCGAGGUCGCAUCACUGGGGACAGUGAACUUACCUGUCUCUUUGGGAGAAGAGCCGAAACGCAAAACAUUGAUGGUAAAAUUUCUAGUCGUUGAUAUGCCUUUUGCUUACAAUGUUAUCCUGGGGAGACCUGGGCUCAAUUCUUUCAGGGCAGUUGUAUCAACAUAUCACCUCAAGAUGAAGUUCCCUACUCUAGGCGAUCAGAUAGAAGCCAAAAGGAGAGAGAAGAAAGAAGAUUGGCAGGCACUGAAAGCGGGAAGAAUCGAACCUGUUGAUCAUAAAGAGGUAGAGUUGAUACAAGGAGAUCCGACCAAGGUCACCAAAAUAGGCUCCAACUUGGGACAGUUCGAGGGAAUCCUGAUUACCUUUUUAAGAAGUAACGUGGAUAUGUUUGCAUGGGAUCCGUCAGAUUUUCGGGGUAUAAACCCGGAGGUGAUAGUACACAGGCUAAACGUAGACCCAUCCAUGCGACCUGUCCAACAGAAGAAGCGAACCUUCGGAAGUGAGAAAAAUGCGAUCAUUGAGGGAGAGGUAAAUAAACUACUUAAAGCAGGUUAUGUAUCCGAGGUUCAAUAUACGGAUUGGUUGGCUAAUGUGGUCGUGGUGCCGAAGCCAGGGGGUAAGUGGAGAAUGUGUACAAACUUUACGGAUCUCAAUAAGGCAUGUCCGAAAGACCCUUACCCGCUUCCCAGAAUUGAUGUCCUAGUUGAUUCGACGGCUGGAUAUAAGACAUUUUCCAUGAUGGAUGCGUAUCAGGGAUACCAUCAAAUUUUUAUGGCACCAGAAGAUCGAAUAAAAACAUCCUUUGUAACUGACCGUGGGAUUUAUUGUUAUAAUGUUAUGCCUUUUGGAUUGAAAAAUGCAGGGGCAACAUAUCAAAGGUUGGUGAACAAGAUGUUUGCUCGACAGAUAGGGAAAACCAUGGAGGUGUAUGUGGAUGAUAUGUUGGUUAAAAGUCAACAACCCGAUGGUCAUUUGGAACAUUUGAAGGUAGCUUUUGCGAUCAUGAAAGAACAUGGGAUGAAGCUUAAUCCUAGCAAGUGUACAUUCGGAGUAGGCGGGGGCAAAUUUCUUGGAUACAUGGUCAGCGAACGUGGGAUUGAAGCUAAUCCAGAGAAGAUAGAGGCCAUACUGAACCUGAAGUCGCCUACAUCCAUUAAGGAAGUUCAGAAGUUAACAGGUAGAAUUGCUUCUCUUAAUCGCUUUAUUUCUAGGUCUGCAGAUCGCAAUUUACAUUUCUUUAAAAUAUUGAGGAAAGUAAAAGGAUUCAAUUGGACCGAGGAAUGCGAGCAAGCUUUUCAGGAAUUAAAGACUUAUCUGAGGUCGCCACCUCUUUUGGCGAACCCUAGAGAGGGGGAUGUAUUAUAUCUUUAUUUGGCUGUUUCGGAUAAUGCGGUUAGUUCAGUAUUGAUAAAAGAAGAGGGAAAGGUGCAGAACCCGGUGUACUAUGUAAGUAAGAUGUUGCAAGGAGCGGAAACUAGAUAUGCGGAGAUCGAAAAGUUAGCAUUGGCGGUUGUGGUGACGGCCAGGAAGCUAAGGCCAUACUUUCAAUCGCAUCGAAUAGUGGUAAGAACUAAUCAUCCACUCCGAAACAUUCUUACCCGACCAGAGGCUUCGGGUAGAAUGAUAAAGUGGACAGUUGAGUUGGGGGAGUUCGACAUCACCUAUCAGGGUCGCACAGCAGAGAAAGCUCAGAUUUUGGUUGACUUCAUGGUGGAGAUAUCCGGUACCCAGAAAGAUGUAGAAACAUGGAUGUUACAUGUGGAUGGAUCCUCCAAUGCCAACAAUGGAGGAGCAGGGAUAUUGAUCGAAGGACCAGCAGGCAUGGAGAUUGAGGUCGCUGCUCGACUGUCUUUUCCUGUUACAAAUAAUGAAGCCGAGUACGAAGCUUUACUCUUGGGUUUGGAGCUAGCGCUAGAAGCUGGAGCGCAGAUUCUUGAAGUAUACACUGACUCGCAACUAGUCGCCAUGCAGGUUGAAGGAAUAUAUGAAACUAAAGAAAGAUCUAUGACAGAUUAUCUGAAGAAAGCAAAAGAAUGGAUGCAGAAAUUCUCCAAGUGCACUGUUCGGCAAAUUCCCAGGAAUGAGAAUGAAAGAGCCGAUGCGUUAUCAAAGUUAGGGGCUACGCUGGCAGGAAUAAAGGAUAGAAAAAUCACAGUGAUCGUAAAAGAACGAUCAGCGAUCUCCGAAGGAAUAGAAACUAAUAUGGUAACUUCAAGAUGUCUGUGGAUAGAAGAUAUAGCAGCAUACCUGAGGGAGGGGAUUUUGCCUACUGAUGCCGGACAUGCUAGGCGCAUUAAAUUUAAGGCUCCAAGGUUUGCCCUAGUAGGAACACAGUUAUAUAAAAGAACAGUCGAGGGACCCCUCCUCAAAUGCUUGGAAGACGCACAAGCCAGGUAUGUUCUACAAGAAAUUCAUGAAGGUAAUUGUGGAAAUCAUUCGGGGGCUAGAUCCUUAGCUCAGAAGGUGACCCGGCAGGGAUAUUUUUGGCCCACACUAAUGAAGGAUUGCAAGGAGUUCGUACGAAGAUGUGAGAAGUGCCAGAAAUUCGCCUCACAGAUCCACACUCAUGCGGUCCCGAUGAUCCCUGUUCCCAUUACAUGUCCAUUCGACCAGUGGGGUAUAGACAUUAUAGGACCAUUUCCUCCAGCGCGAGCUCAGAAAAAGUUUGUCAUAGUUGCGGUGGAGUACUUUUCGAAAUGGGUGGAGGCAGAAGCUGUCUCAAAAAUCACGGAAGGAGAAGCAAUAAACUUUAUAUGGAAAAAUAUAAUCUGCAGGUUUGGAAUACCUCGGAUAUUGAUAUCCGAUAAUGGGACCCAAUUUCAAGGGAGGAAAAUAAUUGCGUGGUUGCACGAGCUGAAGAUACAGCAAAAUUUCACGGCGGUAGGACAUCCCCAAUCGAAUGGUCAGACGGAGGUCACAAAUAGAACCAUAUUGCAACAUCUGAAAGCCAGGUUGAGUUCGAAGGCAGAAUGGAGCGAUGAGCUCCCAGGAGUACUAUGGGCCUAUAGAACAACUCCUCGAACCUCAACAGGUGAGACUCCAUUUUCUUUAGUUUAUGGUUCUGAAGCUGUAAUUCCUGCAGAGAUAGGAGAAGAGUCGCAAAGGAUUACAAACUUUGAUCCAGGAAGAAAUGGAGAACAACGUGCAUUCGACCUAGACAUAGUGGAAGAGAGAAGAGAAGCAGCGCGGAUAAGGAUGUUGCACCAUAAAAGCCUAAUGCUGAGAGGUCAUGAUAAGAACUUGAAGCCCAGAUCGUUACAGGUCGGGGACCUGGUAUUGAGAAAAGUGGAGGUCUCGAGGCAUGUAGGAAAACUCGAUCCCAACUGGGAGGGGCCUUUCAAAGUGGUUGAGAUCGUCGGGAAAGGCACGUACAAGUUACAGGAUGCUCAAGGCAAGGAGUUACCCCGACCAUGGAAUAUUCAAAACCUCAAGAGAUUUUAUGUUUAA